GCCGCACGUAGCGCGCCCCGCUCGGGGCAGGCCGGCUGGGCCUCGCCUCUUCCUGGCGCCGGCGAGCGGCUUCCCGGGCGGCCUGGGUGAGUCGUCGGCCGCCACCGGGCCUCCCGCGCCCGCCCAUGGAUUUCACCUAGGCCCCAUGGAGGCCCCCGAGACGCCCCCGGACGUGGCCUCGGCCUCCAGCGCCUCGCUCUUCCGCCUCCGCCACCUCCGCCUCGGGCUGGACCUGCGGCCUGCGGCCCGCGCCCUUGCCGGCUGCCUGGUGCUGGAGCUGUGCGCCCGGCCGGUGCCCGGCGGCGCCCAGCAAGAGGCGGCCGAGGAAGACCGUCCGCCCCGCCGACCUCGCGUCCUGGUCUUGGACACGCACCCGGCCAUGCGGGUGGCCUCGGUGGCUUUCCGGGCCUGCCCGGACGGCGAGGGACGCUGCGGCUUCGUCUUCUCCAGCGCCGGCGGGAGCGGCGCGGAAGGCGAGCCGGGCCGGGGAGUCCUGCCGCCGCCGCCUCCCGCCCGCCCGUCCUCGGCCCCCGCGGGCCACCCGCACCCGCACUGCCCGCUCAGCACCGCCAGCGCACUUUCGGCCUUCGGGCAGCCGCUGCCCGAAGUAGACCGGCCGGGCCUGGGCGCCUCCCCGGAGCCCCUGCGGGACGCCCCGCCGGCCGAGGUCCCCCCGCCGUGGGGCGAGCCUCCUCCGGCCGGGCCUUGGGCCUGCACCCCGCUGGAGAGCGCCGAGACUGCUGCGCCGCCCUUGCCCGCCUUCCCCCUCUCGGCGCCCGCCGCCCGCGCCCCCUACCCGCUCUUCUUCCGCGUGGACCCCUUCACCGACUACGGCUCGGCGCUCAGCAUCUCCUUGCCGGCCUCGCUGGAGCCGCAGCGACCCUUCCAGAUCAUCGUCCGCUACACCACCGUGGAUGCCCCCGCGAUCUGGUGGCUGGAUCCUGAGCUCACCUACGGCAACUCCAAGCCAUUCGUUUUCACCCAAGGCCAUUCGGUGUGCAACCGCUCCUUCUUCCCUUGCUUUGACACGCCGGCUGUGAAAUGCACUUACUCCGCAGUUGUCAAGGCCCCUGCAGGUAUGCAGGUGUUAAUGAGUGCCACCCAAAGUACCUAUGAGGAAGAAGAUGGCAUAUACCAGUUCUACAUGGAGUACCCCAUUCCUGCUUACCUGGUGGCUCUGGUGGCCGGGGAUCUUGUUGCUGCGGAGGUUGGUCCUAGGAGCAAAGUCUGGGCCGAGCCAUGCCUUUUGUCCACAGCCAUCGGCAAACUCUCAGGUCGGGUGGAGCAUUGGCUCAGCGCUGCAGAGACCCUCUACGGGCCCUACAUAUGGGGCAGGUACGACAUCGUUUUCCUCCCUCCCUCGUUCCCCAUCGUCGCCAUGGAGAACCCAUGUUUGACCUUCGUCAUCUCCUCCAUCUUGGAGAGCGAUGAGUUCCUCAUCAUCGACAUCAUCCACGAAGUAGCCCACAGCUGGUUUGGCAACGCCGUCACCAAUGCCACCUGGGAAGAGAUGUGGUUGAGCGAAGGGCUGGCCACUUACGCUCAGCGCCGAAUCACGACGGAGACUUACGGUGCUGCUUUUACGUGCCUGGAAACAGCUUUCCGCCUUGAUGCCCUUCACCGACAGAUGAAGCUCCUUGGGGAGGACAAUCCUGUCAGCAAACUUCAGGUUAAACUUGAACCAGGUGUGAAUCCCAGCAACCUGAUGAACCUCUUCACCUACGAGAAAGGGUUCUGCUUUGUUUACUAUCUGUCUCAGCUGUGCGGAGACCCAACACAUUUUGAUGCCUUUCUCCGAACUUAUAUCGAGAAGUACAAGUUCACAAGUGUUGUAGCCCAAGAUCUGCUGGAUUCCUUCUUGGCAUUUUUUCCAGACCUGAAAGAACAAUGCAUCGAUUGCAAAACAGGGCUAGAGUUUGACCGCUGGCUCAAUGCCACAGGGCCUCCUUUAGUUGAACCAGACUUAUCUCAGGGAUCCAUCUUGACCCAGCCGGUGGAGACGCUAUUCCAUCUCUGGACCACAGAACCUCUGGACGCAGGAGCGGCUGCGAACAGCGUCAACAUCGCCGAGUGGCAAACAUUCCAAACGGUGCUUUUCCUGGAUAGGUUACUGGAUGGGUCGCCCUUGCCACACGAGGUGGUAACGAAGUUGUCCGAAUGCUACUCGGCCCAGCUGGAAAACAUGAAUGCCGAGAUUCGUAUCCGUUGGCUGCAGAUCAUUGUCCGCAACGAUUACUAUCCUGACAUUCACAAAGUCCGUCGCUUCUUGGAAAACCAGAUGUCCCGCAUGUACACGAUCCCCUUGUACGAGGAUCUCUGUACCAGCACCCUCAAAUCCUUCGCCCUAGAUGUUUUUUUACAGACCCAGACCCAGCUCCACCCGAACCUGCGGAAAACCAUUCAUCAGAUCCUGACCCAGGGCUUGAACCCACCACUUCUCGCCACGGAGACGGCAGCCGUGGUGGCGGACCCUCCGGGCACCGAGCUGGAGGACAGAGGAGGCGCGCACGGCGCCGUUUCACUCAGGGACGUCAACGUGUCUGCUUAGCUGACGCUGGACCUUGGAAAGCUGGAAGGGCCAGCCAGAACGCCAAGCUGGGACUGCGCUCUCUUGCCCUUGGUGGCACUGCUGGGGUGGGGGUGGGGGUGGGGGGUGGGGAUUUUUCCUUUUUAAAAUCCCUCCCCGCGUGUACAUCGUGCCUUCAGGUGCCUGAGCCCCUAGGCACAGCGAGAUAUCAGGGAUACAUCUUUUUCUAACUCUUAAGCAGCGACUGGGAGCAAGUGACUGUUUAGCCUCAUUGCAUCAUGAAUGUGAACAUCAGAUUUCCUUUUGUGUGUCUGCCAACAAAAGCGCGUUACCAGCACUCGCUUUCCAAGCCUUGGAAGGAGGCAGAAUCCUCCCUGGUCCCAGGCUGCAGAACAAAAAACUGAUCAGGAUCAUGGUAAACGUGGAAGUCGGGAUUGGUCCCGCUGUACGCUGCUGCACUUGUGGCCCGGAGCCCUAACGAAUGAAACGUUUCUUCCAAGCGGUCUCUCGAUUUCAGGAAAACGGUGGAAAAUGGGUCAGAGGUUAAAAAGAGAUUUGGGUGUGAUUCACAGGCCGAAGGUGUCGGCGCACAGCAGGCUUUAUAGAGAUGGGGAGGAGUGGGUGGAGAAGCCAACCCUUGGGGGUGGGGGGGUGUUAACGUGGGUGUUAACACUGCUUUGCUUUCCUCGGAGACCAGCAAGCCCCAACGGUUAACGGUAUAGUAGGCACAGACUGCCCAGCCGGGACGGGAAGGCCUUCAAAGAUUGGGCCACAGGUAUGUCUGUGGCCAGUCACCAAAUGCAACCGUGCAAUGUCGUUAUUUCCUUUCCACAACAGGUAAAAUAGGGGUGUUAAAAUCUUUUUUG